AUGGCGGAGGAGAGGAAGGGAUUGCCACCAAGGAGCCCAAGAGUGCUGCCCACAACCGGAUAUCUGACCCACAACCGGAAGCAGCACCUUCCCGUCACAUGGCUUGGAGUAGAUGGAUCCAGGUCAGCACCGGUGAACGUGUCCCACCGUAUAUCUGCCGGUGGUUCAGGGUCAUUGAUGGGAAAGCCUGUCAACAAAGUGCUUGUCGACGAGUUGAAGAUAGGUGGCGGCAGCUUCAUUGCUUCUAAAGAGGUUCAGCCCAGUCCGGCUGUGGGUAAGAAUCCGGCGACAGAGAAUCCGACGACCCCAAUGACAUCAACAUCCUCGGAACCUAAGAGUGUUUCUGAUGAGAAAGGAGAGGUGAUUGGGAGUUCCUCAAAGAAUAAUGUUGGAGUUGGGAGCCCAUCCAAAAAGGGACCCAAAAUGGACUCUCACGAGGACUCCAAGAGGCUGAAACGUAUUCAAGCAAAUCGGCUAUCUGCGCAAAGAUCGCGCAUUAAAAAGAUGCAAUACAUCUCCGAGCUCGAACAAAAGGUGGAUGCAUUGCAGGUGAGAAUCGGACUUCUCUCUCCUCAAGUAGGUUACUUCGACAAUCAACGGCUGGCAUUGAAUGUGGAGAACAAUGCUAUGAGGCGGAGAAUAAGCUCUCUCAUGCAUGAGAAGGUGUUCAAGGAUGCCCAAUUCCAUGUGCUGCAACGAGACGGAGAGAGGCUCAGAGAGCUCUAUCUUCUCCAACAGCAACAGCAACAACAAGAGCAGCAACAACAACAAGAGCAGGAGCAACAAGAAGAACCGAUGAUGGGAUUCCCAGCAACAGAACAAACCCAAAGCUUUAAUAUGAGAACUGACCCCUUAAGCUUCAUCUAUGAUUAG